CUUCCAGGCACAUUUCAAAGUGCUGAUUGUAAUUGAUGAAGCCCCUUUGAUCCCAGAUUCCUUCAAGGCUGCCUCUGUAUGAAAUUCAUUUCUUCCGGACUUUUCUCCCAAGUGGAGAUGCAAAGGUUAAGUGAGAUGCAGCUUCCGUCCUUGCCAUAGGACCAGCCAAGAUGGCUUCUAUGCUGGUUUGCUCCCCAGUUUGCCUAAUGAUGGAAAGGUGCCCUUGGCAAGAUCAAAGCCUUCUCCUCCCCUCUGGGCUCCGCCCCCUCUUGGUUGAGCCACGCCUCCCUCGGAUCUUGCGGAGAACACCUUAGCAGAGAAGGAGGGUGGGCGGGGCAGGCGCCUCUCGCCCAGGAGAGACUUCGGCGCUGCCAUUGGCUACUUUUAGCCCCAACCCACCACCUCGUCCAAUCGCAAGCCUCGAGAUUCUCCUCCGCAUUUUCCCAGCCCGCUGAGAGCGAACCUCCUUUUUUUCCCCCUCUCUCUCUUCUUUGUAAUACUUUUGGCCUUUGCCGGCUGCCGUCCGGACCAAGCGCGAAUCCUCUCCGGCCGGGGAAAGAAACGAGAGAGCGCGCGGCUUGGCGCCCAGGGAAGAACGAAGCUGCACCGGGAAAGGGGGUAGGGGGCACGGCGGCUCCCUUCCUCCUCAGCCGCGAUGUCCGUCCUCAGCUGGAAGCCGUUCGUCUACGGGGGAUUAGCCUCGCUCGUGGCCGAAUUCGGGACCUUCCCUGUGGAUCUCACCAAAACGCGACUUCAAGUCCAAGGUCAAAGCAUUGAUUCCCGUUUCCGAGAGAUCAAAUAUCGGGGCAUGUUCCAUGCCUUGUUCCGCAUCUCCAGAGAAGAAGGCAUCCUGGCAUUAUAUUCUGGCAUUGCACCGGCAUUAUUAAGACAAGCAUCUUACGGCACCAUAAAGAUUGGUAUAUACCAGAGUUUGAAACGACUUUUUGUGAACCGUUUAGAAGGCCCUGGGCAGAGAGUGACCCGGUCUCUAUGGAGAGUGCUGCGAAUUUUGGCUUACAUCAUGUUCUCCCCAAUUGCAGAUGAGACGUUAUUGAUCAAUGUCAUCUGUGGAGUGAUUUCAGGGGUGAUCUCCUCCGCUCUGGCUAAUCCAACAGAUGUACUAAAGAUUCGAAUGCAAGCUCAGGGCAGCCUGUUCCAGGGCGGCAUGAUAGGAAGCUUCAUAGACAUCUACCAGCAAGAAGGCACACGGGGCCUCUGGAGGGGUGUGGUUCCCACUGCUCAGCGAGCUGCUAUUGUGGUGGGAGUUGAGUUACCAGUCUAUGACAUUACCAAGAAACACUUAAUACUUUCAGGACUCAUGGGGGACACAAUUCUGACACAUUUCAUUUCCAGUUUUACCUGUGGACUGGCUGGUGCCAUCGCUUCCAAUCCAGUGGAUGUCGUUCGAACCCGCAUGAUGAAUCAGCGGGCCAUAGUGGGAAGUGUGGAGCUGUAUAGGGGAACAAUGGACGGCCUGCUAAAGACUUGGAAAAGUGAGGGUUUCUUUGCACUUUACAAAGGUUUCUGGCCAAAUUGGUUGAGACUUGGUCCCUGGAAUAUCAUUUUUUUUAUCACCUACGAGCAGCUGAAGAGGCUCCCUUUUUAAGGUGCCGGUUUGGAUCGGUCAUCCAGCCACCCUUCCCGUUUCCCCUCCAUUCCUGCAUCUUCAUGUAUUUUUAUUUGUAUUGUUUUUGUCUACACGGACUUCGUUUCACCCUCCAUGUGCUGAGCGCUCAGUGUCGGGAGGGUGGCUUCAGGGGGAAGGGCAGUGGUGGGAUUCAGCCAGUCCGCGCCACGUUGGGAGAACCGGUUGUUAACUGUCUGAGUAGUUUGGCAGUUGGAAGAAAUCAUUAGGGCAGAGAACCGGUUGUUAAUUUACUUGAAUCCCACCACUGGGGAAAGGGGAGGAUGGGUCCACAAAUACAGUAUUCAGAGCCUGGUGCACGUGCUUCCCCGCUCCCCCCACCCAAGGGAGAUGGUGGAACAUGGAGGGAAAGCACUUAGGUCUGUGUUUGUAUCUUCCAUGAAGAGAGCUGUGAGUUAAAAAAAUCCUUUUGACUGCCAUGUGGCUUUAGCAGUAGGCAAUUCCACUCCCCUUCUGGCCCAGGGGU